UGAGCUCAGCUGACUUGAGAUCAUCAGCAGGAGGGAAACAGCGAUGGCGGCGGAGAUCCACUCUAGGCCUCAGAGCUCCAGACCCGUUCUUCUUAAUAAGAUCGAGGGACACGGCGACACGGUAAACGCCGCCGUGCUCAUCCCGAAAGAGGACGGAGUGAUCACGGUCGGCGAGGACAGGACGAUUCGAGUUUGGCUGAAGAGAGACAGUGGACAGUAUUGGCCCAGCAUCUUCCACACUGUGUCCUCUCCCUGCUCGUGUGUGUCGUAUCACCAUGACAGCAGGCGGAUCUUCAUAGGGCAGGACAAUGGAGCUGUUGUGGAGUUUCUUAUCUCUGAAGACUUCAACAAAAUGAACCAUGUGAAAACAUACCCAGUCCAUCAGAACCGUGUGUCAGAUCUGCUCUUCUCUCUGGAGUGUCAGUGGGUGAUCAGUACGAGUCAUGAUAAGACCGUUAGCUGGAUGAGCACACUGAGCGGCUCUAUGCUCGGCCGACACGGUUUCGGCUCAUGGGCGUCCUGCUUACAAUUUGAUAGUGAUACCCAGCAUGCCUUUGUGGGAGAUUAUUCAGGUCAGAUAACUCUGCUGAAACUGGACGAACAGACGUGUUCUGUCAUCACCACGCUAAAGGGACACGAAGGUAGUAUCGGUGCAAUAUAUUGGGAUCCGGUUCAGAGGUGGUUGUUCUCCGGUGCGUCUGAUCACAGUGUCAUCAUGUGGGACAUCGGUGGGCGACAGGGACGCACGUUACUCCUACAGGGACAUCAUGAGAAGGUCCAGGCGUUGAGGUAUUUUCCAUUGACCCAUCAGCUGAUGUCGUGCUCUGCUGAUGGAGGAAUAACAGUGUGGAAUAUGGACGCGAGUCGUGAGGAGGCGCCGCAGUGGUUGGACAGCGACUCGUGUCAGAAUUGCCAACAGCCAUUUUUUUGGAAUAUUAAACAGAUGUGGGACACUAAGACACUCGGGCUCAGACAGCAUCACUGCAGGAAGUGUGGUAAGGCCAUCUGUGGGAAAUGUAGUUCCAAACGCUCCACGUACCCCAUCAUGGGCUUUGAGUUCCAGGUGCGCAUGUGUGACGACUGCUACAACACCAUCAAAGAAGAAGAUCGAGCGCCUCUGGCCACGUUUCACGAGGGAAAACACAACAUUGCUCACAUGGACAUAGACCCGAGCCGUGGACUGAUGGUCACGUGUGGGAGUGAUCGAGUUGUAAAGAUCUGGGAUAUGACGCAGGUGAUUGGCAACAGUAUAGCGGCAGGAUUCUCUCCCCGCUGAUUGGUUGUUUCUGAAAGCACCGCCCACACUCCACUAAUGAAACCUGUUUGAGGACCAGUCAUCGUGAUGAAAACGCUCACCUACCUAACAGUCCACACCGGACAGUUCACCUCAAAGUGUGUACAUGAAUGAGUGAUGUUGACAUUUUUAUGACCGUUCUGAAUGAGAGUUAUUGUCGACUCUUAUCACCCGGAUUUUAGUGAACGUGAACUCGAGGUACUUCUACAAGCACAAUAUUUGCGCUCUUUCUCUCUCUCUGUGUGUGUGUUGGCUUUUUCACAAACAAAAUGCUUCUGACAUUUUGUACGUUUUUCAUGUUCCUUUUGCCCACAAUUCCUUGCGCACAGAGUUUUCUUUCAUCCAGCAUCCUGUUUCUUCUUUAUCUCGCUUUUUUGUUUCAGUUCUACCUAAGAAUCUACCUAAAAAUGUCUCCUUGCUCUUAUGUGGACCAAAUAUUGUAAGAUGUUCACAUCAGAAUGUUCACGCUGGAUCUCAUCAUAUCUUACACAUAGAUAUGUUGUGUGAUAAGCAUGUUUAAAUUGAUUUGCUCUCAAAUAUUACGGUUAGGUUUUUAGAUAUCAAACAUGCUAUAUGCCAUUGGAUAUAAUAUCAGUGAAUAAUAAGUGCAAUUUUGGUCGUCUCACAAAGCUGUCAUAUGGGCUCAAAUAGUAUUCAGCAAGUAUAGUUGGCUGGACAUUCUGCAAAACAUCUUUUUUUGUUUGUGAGGGAAAACUGUAACAAAACCUUAAAAGUGGAUUACUCCUUAAAUGUGUAUUUCUGUAAAAAUCUAUUGAAAUGAAACUGUAAGAGCAGCUUCUAAAAAUUUUGAAAUGUAAAUACUGCUCACGGUUUACUGUCCAGUGAUGUUUCCAGCCUGCUCCAAAACUCUUUCUUUCUAUCCAUCCAAACAUUUUUCUUCCUUUUUUUCUCCAUCUGUAGCAUCUCAUUGUCUUCAAGCAUCUCUCGUUCCUUGCACUGAAUCACACAGACUGUGUGUGUUCAUGAUCUGAGAGUACACACAUGAUUUGUGUGUUUCACUCGCUGUGUAUGUAGUCAGUGGCUGGUGUGUGUGCGCGUGUGUGUGUUUGUGUGUGUGUGUGUGUGAAGUGGUCUGGGUUUCGUUUUAUUAUGCGUCUGACAUUAGACGCUUUCUAAAUAACUUGGUUUCUGUCAUAAGAAUCUAUAACUUUCCUAAUUUCUGUAGAAAAUAGAGCAGGAAGAAAACGCAAGUCUUGCUAAACUCAGAUUACAGUGCUGUGAUGUCACACUUUUUGUCAUUGCUGUGUCACAGUGACAUUUUUCAUUUGAACAAUUGAGAAAUGUUUAUUUUAUUCACCGUAAAGAAGUGCUGCGAGCUCGAAAUUAGUGCGCAUCUCACACAACCUGUCGGCCAUUCAUGUUUUUUCAAUUGUGAUAUGUUUUUCUGUACAAUCAGUUCUGUCAUUUAAAAAAUUGUAAUUUAGAAACUUUACUGCUUUACUGUCUUGAACUGAGAAUGUACGUAAUAUGCAAGAAAAUUGUCACAAUGCAAAAAAAACGUAAUGGUUCUAAAUAAGGCUUUUUUAAAUAAUACAAUUAUUAUUUGAGUUUCAGUUAAAAGGAUUUGUGAGAUUUAGGAUGAAAUUUUAAUUAAGCUCUCAUUGUGUCCUUUCAGUUUUACUGAUGUGACUUACGGUGAGUCACAUCGACCUGUUUAAAAACACAAACACAUCUGACAUUUAAACACUUCCAACACUCAGUAUUGUUUUUGCUUUUAUACGUUGAGAACAUUGUCAAACUAAGAUCAAAUCCUAACAUUGUAAAUAACUCUAAAAUACUUUUUUCUAUGUCCUUUUCUAAGACUUUAUUCAGUAGUUCAGUAAUGAAGUAUUAUUUUUCUCUCUGCUUAUAUAAUACACUC